AUGGCAAUUGGAACAAAAAAUGGUGACGCAAAUGAUGAACAGCUGGCAUGCAUGGACGAGGAUGAUCUUGAAACCUUAAAAGAAGUGCGUGAACAAUUCUUGGCUGCUGAUCCUGUGGAAAUUAAGGAAAUUACCGAGCAUGCAAAACAGGUUGACAGAUUUAAAAUUCUUUAUCAUAUUUCAGGCAAAAGUUAUCAACUGUCAUAG